AUGUUUUUGUUUAAGAUUUGUCAGAAGUGUUAUACUCAAUCGUCAAAUUUAUGUCGCCAUAAACGCGUUCAUAGUAGAGAAAUUAAAUGUAAUAUUUGUCAACAUAUAUUUGCAAAUGGUCAAUUUUUUAUGCGUCAUAAAAAAUUAUGUAUUGAAAAACACAAUGUUCAUCCUUCAUCAUCGAAAACAAAUGAAAAAUUACAAAAAUAUUCAUCUUCAACUUCAUCCUGUUCAAUGAAAGCUAUAACUACUGCUGCCACAUAUAUGUAUAAUAAUCUUGCUAAAAAUUAUAAUAAUGGAAUUAAUCUCACUAUACUUCCAAAAGAGCAUAGUCCAUCAUCAGUUAAUAUUUUAAGAUUAAAUGCCUUAACUUAUUUACAAAAACAAUUUUUACCAUUAUGGUUAUUAAAUCAAUCACAAAUAAAAUUUGAUACAAUAAUUGAAAAAAAUGUAGACAAUUUAUUGUGUGAAGUUGUUGAUAAAAAUAAUAAUAAUUGUGAACCACUUGAUCUAAGUCUACCAAAAAUUGAAUCUGUUCAUAGAGAUUAUUUAAAUAUAAUCAAAUCAAAUGUAAAAGAAGAAUCAAUUGAACAAGAUGAUAGUGAAAAUGAUGGAGAAUCUAUGGAAGAUGAGGAAGAUUAUUCUAUAGAAAAUUCAGAUGAUGAUAUUGAAGAUGAACAAAUAAUUCAAAAUGAUAAAAAUGAACGAGAACAACGUUGUUCUCGAAAUACAAAUGGAUUAAAUUGUUGUAAUUUUUGUGGAAAACAAUUUCCACGAUCAGCAAAUUUAACUCGUCAUACACGUACACAUACAGGCGAAAAACCAUAUCAAUGUUUUCUAUGUCGACGAGCAUUUAGUAUAUCAUCAAAUCUUCAAAGACAUAUAAGAAGUAUUCAUCGUAAAGAACGUCCAUAUCAAUGUAUUGAAUGUGGAAAAAAAUUUGGCCAACAAACAAAUCUUGACAGACAUAUGAAGAAGCAUACAAUUUCUAAUUGGCAAACGUUAGACGAUACAUUAUUGUUAUAA